GUAGGAGGUAACCUCGUACUGUAGGUUUCAGAAGAUCAUUACCAGCAGUAUCUAACGCUUGUUACGCUCGACGUCAGUACUAGACUUAUAAGAUUCUUGGUACUUCUCAAGAAACGCCAGUGCAGCUACUAGUACGAAAACAAUGGCGUCGACUACUAUGCACCCAGCUGCAAAAAGAGAGCCCUUCUCUUUGUCGAAAGCGCAAGAUUUAUUGUCGUCUUUGUUCGCGCUUCUGCAGGAGGAGGUGCAGGGGAUGGAACGACGACGCCGUGUCAUCGAAGAGACGAAUGACAUAAGUGCUGGGCUUGUUCGGCUGGUACAACAGAGAAAAAAACGCUACUAUGAUCGUGAGCGAACAAAGAUUCAAAGAUUAAGGCUAUUUUUGUAUAUGAGGAGAUCUACUUAAUAUGUUUUUUCUAGUACAACUAUGUUGAAAGAAUAGUGCAUAAUGGGUAAUCUCCUGUAGUUCUUUUUCAUUACAAAGAUAGACAUAGUAAAUGUCUACCAAUGACUACUAUGAAUGUAUUUAUUACUACACUAUGUAUUUUCAGGUUGUCCUAGAGCGUAGGUCUAUCGUUACCUCAAGUUGAGCAUGCUAUUAUUACUACACCACGUAUUUCGACGAGAUGCUAGUGCAAGAACUACAACGUCUUCUAAAAUUGGCGCGCAAUGAGCUAGCUCAAGUGGAUCAGGAGGUUACUUCGGUCCUCGAGCAAACAACUGAUGUAACGGAGAUACUCAAAACGAAGGGGAUAAUUCCCGAAACGUCUUCCUCCAGCCGAACCGGAGCAAACGCUUAUACCAUCAAGAGGGGCUUGAAAGGCCAGUCUAGUAUUUCGUCUAGUACCUCCUUGUCCUUGAACAACUGCAACGACAAGCACUCUAGUAAAGGAGCCUUGAACAACUACAACGACAAGCGUUCAUCGACGUCACGACAUACAACUGUUGGAACUUCAUCUACACUUCGUGGUGCAGUGAUAAAAGGGCUUCAAUCGAACAGCAUUGCGGACAACACCAGUUCGCUGGCGAGCUUGGUAAGUGAAAAAAUUGCACCUCCUCCUAAGGCCGCAAUCUAUGACGUUGGUGCGCUGAAAGCAUUACGAGAAAACGAGAAAAAAAUCACUGAAGCUUCAACAUCUUCAACAAAAGCUUUAACUACAACUGGUAAAGCAACGACUUCUUCAGCUUCAUCUUCUAAUACUAGAAGUUCAAGUUGUUCCAGCACAUCAGGUUUAUUUGGUCCUCUUUGUAACUUUUUGGCAGACUGGAUUCGGGAGGCAACAACUUCAUCUACAACUAGUAGUGCCAGUUCUUCUUAUCCUUCGAACAAGACGAAAAUAAAUGAUGGCAGAACAGUCGUACUAGAUGACGACGCCCGUCUGAAGGACUAUACAACCGCACUGGAGUUAAGGGUGCUGUCGUGGGAAAUCCAUCCCCAAUAAAGUCAUCUGGUGGAAGGAGAAAACAAGAAGAGUAUUAAGAGAUCCAGCUGCCAGAUGAUUCCCGGGAUGGAUUCGCUACACCACUAAUAGAGCACCUCUCUCAAACGGAUUUCCUGUCGCAGGUUAUGACUCAUUUGCAACCAAAGUCCGAGCUGGAGCAAAGGUUCGCCCAGUACGCUAUCACGCUGUGGUUAGAGAAGUUCUACGCAACGUCAAGAACCCUAUUGCAAAGAAAGGCAGGAGAACGGGACGAUCGGUGUCGUGCUGAUCGUGAAGAUGACAGCAUCAGUGUUAAGGCUACCGCUGCAUCAUCCGCAGCACCACCCUUCCUUGGCCUCUUUUUCAAGGAGAAAAGGGGCUCCAAGAUGUACUAGGGGAUGCGAUGCGGUAGCUCUAACAGUCACAGUUGCUCAGGCAACAAUGCUACGACGGGUCCUCGAAAAAACUGGAUUCCGACAAACGAAUUUUGUGAUAUUUUUCGCCUGGACACGGCAAGUCCUGGAGCAGAUGACAGCACCAUGGAAGUAGAAGGCGUUGCAGAUGAAGGAACAAGUGACGUAGAGACUGCGACUUCUUCACCAGCAUCGACGAGGACGAAUAGAAGGCGAGUACUAGAUUCCUCGUCAACAACGAUUUCAGCAUCGCGAAGACCAAAUAAACUACAAGACGGAGGAAGUGAAACGUCAACAUCAACAUGGCCACUGUGGGAUGCCGUCUAUGCUGUUUCGUCUACGUCCUCCUUAUCCCCCACAAAUACAUCAAUCCAAGCUCCUUCUCGUUCUCCUCCAUCCGCAUCGUCCCCAUCCCCAUCGAACAACACUGACACCAAAGAGCUUCAUCUUCAGCCAGAUGCGAUUUCCGAGCUCGUUCUCCCUAGUAGCAUUCUUGCUUUGGACUCCGAGCGCGCACAGGCCAUCCUAGCCGCACAAGACGCGGCACACGAAAGGGAUUUUGAUUCUCGAAUAGCGAAUCUCUGCGCAGACUUACUCGAAACGACUCUCGAAGACUUUGAACAUCGUGGGCACAACAACGUGGAGGAGGAAAAUGAAAUACAUGGAGGUCACAAGAACAUGAUUGAGGAAAAAGACCUAUUGCGAAUUUACAGAUUAUGCGACUUCGUUGCGAAUAAGAAGACAAGGCCAUGCGCAGUGUUUCGCGAAGAUGAUGUUGGACCUUAUAAAGAAGAUGCCGAUGUAGUUGAUGAUCAGGCGCGUGGACAAUAUGAUGUUGGAUCUUAUGCCUCUGAAGAUACAGAAGAUCAAGAUGAUGAUCUUCAGGAUUUUGAAUAUUAUAACGAAGAACCUGAUACUGAUACUCAGCAUCAUGCUGAUACAGGGACGCAUGCAUGCAUGUAAUCGUGAGAAGGAAAUCGACGAGCCAGAAGAUUCUUGUGCAUCCUCUAUCACGCCGUAAUUGUGUUGCUAUUAUGGAGACGAGAGCACAGGCACAAGAACAUUCUUCACUUUCAUCUCAUAUUGAAGAACAUUCUUCACUUUCUCAUCUUGUAGUUGCUUCUCUAGAAGUCGUGGAGGUACACGAAGAUUGUGCGUUGAUUGCACUUGCAGUGUUGCAGCUUCAGUCUUGAUCACUUGGAAAUAUCUGAUUACGAUGAUCCCAG